UUAUAUAAAAAAAUCCAGGUGAGGGAAGGCAUUCUGUAAUAGGCUAACUCCCUUUACUGUUUCUUCUACUUAUAUUGUGCAAAUAACAUAGCCAUAUCUGCAAAACAAGCUGUUUUGAUUUGGUUUUUUUGUUAUAGUUUUUCAUUCUUUCUUAUUGCAUCAGCGGGCCUUUAGUAUGGAUCACUUGGCUAACCCCACUUACAAUCACAGUUAACUUAAGAGGAGUAUACUUCUGUGUCCCCCUUUCAGUUGAUUUCCUUUACAACCAUACACAGCAGUUUGUAUUUUAAAAAGCUUCAUCAAUUUUAGAAAAAGACACUGUUUAAGGUCCAAGCAAUCAGGCUAUAGCUAAGAUUAAUAAUUCAAAGGAGGGAAAUAAAUAAAUAAAUCCCACUAAGCUACGGUGGGGGGAGGUUUUAAAAGCUGGUAGGUUACUAACUCCUUAGCUAACCCACAAUGUGUUCUUAAAUGUUGAAGUUUCUUGCGUUCCUCCAAUCUGCCUAACCCUGUGUUUUGCUGCCACCUUGGCAAAACAGAGAGACUUACAAGCAAUUCCACUACAGAGUAGUGCUUGUCUUGCUUUUUAAUGCUUCUCUGGGAAUUGAUGUCUGAUUUUUCCAGUUUAGAAAGCUUCCUAUUUGUACAUAAGAGGGAUGAUGGAAAUGAUAAUCAUGAUUGUAAGACUUCACUCAUUCCGGCAUAAUCACACUACUUAUACCAUCUUUUAAAAAAAACCAUAUAACUGUAUCAAGAAUAUUUCCUGCACAUUAUAAGGUCUUUCAAGGAGGGUUGUUUAAAUCAAAGAAGUUAAAGAGAUGGGGGCAGGGGAGGGGGAUAUAUUUGAUCCCUUCCUUGGCAAAUACAGCAUGAUUCCCUUCUGUGUUUUGUCUUGUCUAGUUUUAAAGGCUUAAUGAAAAGAAAAAACAGAUUAGAUGUAUUGACCAGAGUAUCUGGAGUUAAGGAAAACAUUUUCUUACAGAAUCUUGACCACUUUUAGUUGAUGGGUUUCCUUCUGCUGAUGUUAGUUCUUUGGAGGGCGCCAAGAUCGUCUAUUGGAAAGUUUUAAAAUGCACAUUACAAAUCGGCGGAGUGUUGAUAAUGCGUCUGCCUGUGGAUUCCUUUCUCUCUAUCUUUUCUCGGUGUCUAAAAACUUCGCAAAGCAGUGGAAGUGUUCCGGAGGAUCUUGGAGCCUGGUGGAAUCAAGUUUUGAAAGCCCACAAACACGCACCCUCGAUUGCAUUUGCGACUUACCCAAGACUUAUUUCUCGUUUCCAAAUGACCUUGUCUUCUCCCUCCCCCCUCUCCCCCGCCCCGUGAAGGACACAUGUUCUCACAUGUUCAAGUUUAAUGGUGGUAAAGGCUUUUCUUUGGUCACUGGCAGUGCCUCCGGGAGAGACUUUCCCUUUUCUCUUGCGGGUACUUUGACUUGUCCCUGUUGAAACUAUUAUAAAUAACCCUCCAAAAGGCGAAGCCAGCACUUUGAAUGGAGCAGUAUUUCCAUCGACUCCAGCACACCCCUCAAUGGGGAACGUGCCAGAAGGAGGACACAGGACGAAACAGCAAAGGGAGUGCGGGAAGGGGACUACUUGUCUGAAGGGUUGCACGCUAGUAUUGCGACCUUUCCCAAGCCCGGGACAAAAGAUAUGGCCCCACAGGGGUCUGCUUUGCCUAGAGGACCCAGCAAGUCCCUCAACCCAAAGAAGAAAUGUUUGGCUUCCAGGCUAAACCCGGCCCCCGGAGUUACUACGCCCGCUGUUCCUGGAAAGCAAACUAAGAACAGACACUGACCGGCUACAACAAGAUGCAAGCCAAGCAACUUUGCUGAUGACCUCCAAGGGGCAAGCCCUGCUGGGUUGGGGUUUCCCAGUGACCUCUGCGACUGCUCCUCGGGGAGGCCGCGAAGGGUUAAGCCGCAGACUUGCUUGCGAGACCCAGUUUGAGGAAGAACAAGUCUGAGGCUGCUGGGUGCGCGGCAGCCACACGCUGGGAGCUGUCACACUCACUUAGGAGCGCCGCAGCUCCGCCUGUCACCAGUGAGUAAUGAUCACACGUCGAUAAGAUCGCUCAGCCUUGUUGAGCUGGAAGCGCUCGGGGAAGGGGGGACGGGUUAACCACUUCAGCCGUGGGCUGGUCAAUGCCAGCCAGAGGUCAGUGACCAGCUGGACAGCAGCUCCGAAAGCCCCUUUCAUGGAGAGGAAGCUGGGGCGAUGGUGACCUUUGCCAGCUAUGGAAAAAAGGAGACCUGGGUGGUGAUCCCUCAAACAGUACCAUGCAGGAGGCUAGCGCUUCUGCAAGCGUCUCUCCUUUCCACCUGCCGGACCCAGCAGGAUUUGGAUGAGCUCUCUGGGAGGAACCUCCGCCUCAACAGGAGUCAAGGUUCAUGUGCUUUUGGAGCCUCAGAAGAAUGUUCUUCAUUUGCAAACCAGUGGAUUUUCAUUGGCACUGAAUCUGUCUCUUGAUCACAAUUCUGGCUUCUCAGAGCCAUCAUCAAGCUAAAAUGAAAACUUUGGGGACUGAAGAAAGCAAAGUGCACCACUACCUUGCUUCUGAGAAAUGAACUACUGGUCCAGCCAACUUUUCCCCUGACUAUUCUUGGUAGCUUUAAAUUGCCUGUUGCCAACAUUCAAAGACACAACUAUUGCUUCUUUCAGCACACAUGGAAGAAGGCAGCAAUGUGUGUAACCCUGGCUAAUAAGACUGUGGCUUACCUAUGAAGAGCAGGAGGCCGGCCAAUCAUAAAAGGAUUAUUUCACAGUUAGCCUCCAGGACUUGACCUCUGAUCUGAUCAGUGGACACAAAUACAAGCAGAUUCCAACAAUCUGAGUUUUCACUAGGUGUGCUUUUUCAUUGUUUUUAUUUCUCUUUCUUUGGUAUUUAAUUUCUUCACAUUGAAAAUGGGCCUGUGGACGAGAAUGUGGUUCAAAGACUGGGCUGCCUUCCUGAAUUCCUGGCUUAUAAUUUCCCUGGGGCUCCUCAUGCAGGUCUCCAAAACUCUGGCCUGCCCAAAUGUGUGCCGAUGUGACCGAAACUUUGUCUACUGUAAUGAGCGAAGCUUGACCUCAGUGCCUCUUGGGAUACCGGAGGGUGUAACCGUACUCUACCUCCACAAUAACCAAAUUAAUAAUGCUGGAUUCCCUGCAGAGCUGCACAAUGUCCAGUCUGUGCACACGGUUUACCUGUAUGGCAACCAAUUGGAUGAGUUUCCCAUGAACCUGCCCAAGAAUGUCAGGGUUCUCCAUCUGCAGGAAAAUAACAUUCAAACCAUUUCCCGGGCUGCCCUGGCUCAGCUCUUGAAACUGGAAGAGCUGCACUUAGAUGACAACUCCAUCUCUACUGUAGGGGUUGAGGAUGGAGCAUUUCGGGAAGCUGUCAGCCUCAAGCUUCUAUUCUUAUCUAAGAAUCACUUGAGCAGUGUACCAGUUGGCCUUCCAGUGGACUUACAAGAAUUACGAGUCGAUGAAAACCGAAUUGCCAUAAUUUCAGACAUGGCCUUCCAGAAUCUCACGAGCUUGGAACGUCUUAUUGUGGAUGGCAAUCUCCUUACCAACAAAGGUAUAGCUGAGGGUACCUUUGGCCACCUAACCAAGCUCAAGGAAUUCUCAAUAGUACGGAAUUCACUAUCCUACCCUCCUCCUGAUCUUCCAGGUACACAUCUGCUGAGGCUCUACCUACAGGACAACCAGAUAACCCACAUACCACUUUCAGCCUUUUCAAACCUCCACAAGCUGGAGCGGCUUGAUAUUUCCAACAAUCAGCUCCGGAUGCUGGUGAAAGGGGUCUUUGAUAACCUUCACAACUUAAAGCAGCUUACUGCGCGGAAUAAUCCCUGGUUAUGUGACUGCAGUAUUAAAUGGGUCACUGAAUGGCUCAAAUUUAUUCCCUCCUCCAUCAAUGUUCGGGGCUUUAUGUGCCAGGGACCAGAACAGGUCCGAGGUAUGGCUGUAAGGGAGCUCAAUAUGAAUAUGUUGUCAUGCCCUACCACUACACCUGGUCUGCCAAUUAUCACCCCAGCCCCUGCUACCACCUUGCCAACCACACUGGCUCCCACUUCAUCAGUUCCAAAUCCAACUGAUAAACAUAGUCCUUUCCCACCCACUACAUCCACACUCCCCACUGUGCCUGACAAGGAGGGUGGAGAAAGGGUGACACCUCCCAUUUCCGAAAGGAUCCAACUCUCCAUCCAUUUUGUGAAUGACACUUGCAUCCAAGUCCACUGGCUGUCCCUUUUUACUGUGAUGGCAUACAAACUCACAUGGGUUAAAAUGGGCCACAGCCUGAUAGGGGGAAUUGUUCAGGAACGGAUAGUAAGCGGUGAGAAACAACACUUAAGCUUGUUGAAUCUUGAACCCAAAUCCACCUAUCGGAUUUGUUUGGUUCCCCUGGAUGCUUUUAAUAAUUACCGAGCUGGAGAAGACACUGUCUGCUCAGAAGCCACAACCAAGGCUUCCCACUUAAACAAUGGCAGCAACACAGCCUCCAGCCAUGAGCAGACGACUACUCAGAAUAUGGGCUCCCCUUUUUUGCUGGCAGGUUUGAUUGGGGGUGCAGUGAUAUUUGUGCUUGUAGUCCUGCUCAGCAUCUUUUGCUGGCACAUGCAUAAAAAGGGGCGCUACACCUCCCAGAAGUGGAAAUACAACCGGGGCCGGCGGAAAGAUGACUACUGUGAGGCAGGGACCAAGAAGGACAACUCCAUCCUGGAGAUGACGGAAACCAGCUUCCAGAUUGUCUCCUUAAAUAACGAUCAGCUCCUUAAAGGAGAUUUCAGACUGCAGCCCAUUUAUACCCCAAAUGGGGGCAUUAACUAUACAGAUUGCCACAUCCCCAACAACAUGCGAUACUGCAAUAGCAGUGUUUCAGAUCUGGAGCACUGUCAUACGUGAUAGUGAGGGGAAAGUGAGAUGCAUAGAACUAUGAGCAAAAACUCUGGAAAAAAAAUCCACACACACAAAAAUUACAUUUGAUAAAUGUUACACAGAUGCAUUUGUGCAUUUGAAUACUCUGUAAUUUAUACGGUGUACUAUAUAAUGGGAUUUAAAAAAAGUGCUAUCUUUUCUAUUUCAAGUUAAUUGCAAAUGGUUUUGUAACUCUUUGCUUUUUAAAUCUUUAAAAAAAAUUGCUAAAGUACUGUACAGGGUUGUACAAUAAGAACCCAAUGCCAUGGCAAAGGAAAGAAAGACUCAUUCUUCAAACAUUAACCACUUUGCUGUCGAAGCUGUCUGCAGGAUGUGGGUCCCUAAGCAGUCCUGUAGUACAGGACAUAAAUGUUCAUUAAAACAGGGUCUCUAGGGAUGGGCUAAGCCAGUUCUGAUAAAAUAGGUAUAACCCUCUCACUCAAACUCAUAAUGAACUUCUGAAGUUCAAACAAGCUGGAGUAACUCUGUUCCCCAUCUAUCUUUUUCACCUGCUUCUGUAUUUCUUGGUUCCACCUAGAAGUGGGAGUUCUGAAGUGCUACCACAGAGGCUGUUUCAGGUUUUUUUUUUUCUAAUGCAAAUGGACAUAAAAAGAAGAAAACCCUUUCUGCAAGAUGCAGAGUCCCCUGUGUUCCCUUUUCACAAGAUCUGGUCAGAAAAUGUCCCAGAAUAUCAGAUACAUGAUUAUGUAUUUUUCAUUAAAAAUUAAGAAGGCUGAAACAUUUUCUGACCAACUUUAAUGGAAAAUUAGGGUACUUACAACCUACCAGGUGGCUUUCCUCAGAUCACAUCAUUUCCAGAGAGAGCAAUUUUUGUAGAGCUAGCAUGUUUAGAUAAGGCCUGAACCUGUGAGAUGCUGUGUGUCCUGAACACCCAUUGAAUGUCCACAUCUUAUUGGAUUUACCAUGUCUUCAUGGCAAUGUACCCAUCCAAAUCAUUAAAAUCCUCAUACAAAAUUCCAUUGCAAAACUUCCAAUGAUUGCUGUGGAUUUUGGAUUAGACCCAGAUUGAUUUAAAGGUAUGAAUAAAGUUUGGGACAGAGGAGUAUGAAGAAACUAUCUGACAAGCAAGAAAAGGUGGGGUUUUUUUGAAAGCUCAGCUAUGAAUUUAAUUCAUUUCAGUGGAAUAAUCACGUCAAUGUCCUAUUGUUUUAAAUAAAUGCAUAGGGGCACUAACUAAACAUUUGGUGAUUCAAGGGAUUUGCAUGGAUACUAGUCCAUAUUGCCCCUUUUAUUCUCCCUUCAAUCCUUUGUCUUUUG